AUGGCCACUACCAAAGAAUCACCCCUGGCCUUCAUGGACAUUCUCAGCCCAGCUGUGUCCUAUUUUCGGCCCAAAGAAGCGGCAUCGACAACUCCCAACGACGCCAGUUCUAAAGAUCCUCCGCUUAUAAUAAUGCUAUCAUGGUCGGAAGCUCGCGAUGUUCACAUAGCAAAAUACAUUGCUCAAUAUCGCGCCCUCUUCCCAACUUCUCCCAUCCUCCUUUUCCGCGCCUCCACCAAACUCUAUAUCCGACCUGGACUCCGCCGCCGUCUUUUUGAACCCGCCUUACCAGUCCUUCAAUCUUUCACAGCUACAAAGGGAGAUGAGCCUAACUUUCUGCUUCACGUAUUCUCCAAUGGCGGUAUUAGCUCUGCCGUCACAUUGUGGGAGUUAUGGCAGACCGCUCUUGGAAGUGAACCAAUCCCUCGCCAUGCUAUGGUAAUGGACUCAUGUCCGGGAUAUUUCCACUGGAAACGCAACCACCACGUAAUCUCCAUGGAUCUUCCAUCCUUUCUAUCCCCUGUCGUCUGGGUGUUCUUGGGCUUUGCCUGGGUGUACUACGUCCUAUGGCUGAACGAGGAACCGCAAGAGGCCAACGCCUCAGCGCUCAAUACGCCGGAAAGGAUCAGUCGAGAAACAAUGAGGACAUAUGUGUAUGGCGAUGCCGAUCUCUCGGUUGGAUGGGAAGAUGUCGAAUCACAUGCGCAGGAAGCGAAGAAGAAGGGGGCAAUUGUAAGAACAGAGAAGUUUGAAGGCGGUGCGCAUGUGGCUCAUGUCCGAGUUGAUGCGAAUAGAUAUUGGAGGGCCGUUCAAGAUACAUGGCAAGGGAAAUGCACGUAG